AUCCGGUGUGCCGCUGGACGCAUAAAUCCCCGCCCUUGGCCGUUGUGUGACUUGGACCUAUCAUCUUCAUCGUGGACCAUCAUGGAAGAAUCUCCAAUUCGACUGCGGUGUAUCGGGGUCAUCCCCUCAGAAGGCCCGGCCGAAAUCACGGCUCCUGGUGCAGUCAGCCCAGAGAUCCGCCAGCGACUUCAGGACAGUCUAGUUUCGAGUCUGCUGAAAUCCUGUCCAGCCGACUUAUGGCCUGGUACGAUGUAUCUCUCCAACUGUCCUUUUCCGAUGCUGGUGACCCGAAAUCAUCUCGCAAGCCUGGCGUCUCUUAACAAAGUCCUCGUCACGGCCAUCGACGACAUUGUUACCAGGUGGGUUGAUCCGAGCGCAAAUUUCCCGGCGCGUAUGCCUCUACACCCCGUAGAAGAAAGGCUUCUUCAGUGGUUGGAUGAUGCCCAACACACCGGCAUCAUUCGCCCCUUUCGGGAAUGCCGUGGAUCCUGGAGACCCGAUUUUCUCAUCGAAGAGCAGGGUGGCACAGAGGAUAGACCGGAAGCCUUUCGCAUUUGCGAAAUCAAUGCCCGCUUCUGUUGGAAUGGUUUCAUGAUGAACGCGCUCGGGCAAGAUGCCUUGGUGGAUACAGGUAUCAGUGGACACGAGCUGGUGGGGGCCACUGAUUCACAAUCUUUAUUCGACGGAAUGCACCGGCUCUAUAACCCGAGAUUGCCCCUACACCUUCUCAAAGACCAAGAACCCGGGGUCGAUAUCCAUCUCUAUACUCACUAUGCGAGGCAUCUAGGCCAGCAGGUUCGCUUUAUAACCCCGGCGGAUCUCCGGUUGAUACCAUGCAAUCGGUCACCUGGGAACAAACUAUGUUGCCUGGUCCAUUCUCGGUCGCCUAUCAAGGGAGACAACUUCCAAAACGAGGCCGGAGAGAUUCUCGAAGAGGUUCAUCAGAUUCAGCUAGAACUUCAUCACCACGAGCUUCUUGAUCUUGGCUAUGAAAUGCUGCAAGAGAUCAGUUUGCGGUGUUUUAAUGACAUGCGCACUUUGCUUCUGGUCCACGACAAGCGGAUGCUGGGGGUCGUUUUAGAGGAGAUUGAUUCCUUCGUGGCGAGAAAGGUUCUGACACCUCAAGAAGCCAGUCUACUCGAGCGAGGCAUUUGCGAGACUAUCCUUCCAGGAUCUAACCAGCUGGCACAACUCAUCGAACGAUGUCGUCUGCAGUGUGGCCUCAAAGACGAGUGGCUUCUCAAGCCAGCGCGAAGCGGAAAAGGCGAAGGAAUUGUUUUCGGAAGGGAUAUGACACCCGAGUCGUGGAUUUCUCGGUUGAAAGAGCUGAUAUGCCCAUUUAUGUCUGCUGGGGGAGCCACAUAUGUCAUCCAGAAGAAGGUGCGACAGGCCAAAUAUGACGUCCUGCUCAAAGACGCCACGGAGGUUCAACAGCUCCCAAUUGUGGGGACAUAUCAUGCAAUCAAUGGGGAAUUCUUGGGCAUUGGCACAUGGCGCAGCAGCCCUGGGCCAGUGUGCACUGUUAGCCAUGGUGGGACUUGGAUGUGUUCAGUUAUGCAGGCUGAGUUGUAG